CUCCGAGCAGCCAGCCCAAAGAGCGAUGAGCAAGGCAGGGGGCAACGCCGGCGCGGCGGCGGGGCCGACGGCGGCGGCCGCGGCGGCCGCGGUGCAGAAGCAGAAGACGCUCCUGCAGAAGGCCGACGCCGACGUCUCCAGUCUCGUCGACAACUUCUCCGCCCUCAUCAACAUCGCGCGCGUCAACGACCCGCCCGUGCGCAACUCGCAGGAGGCCUUCCAGAUGGACAUGCGCGGCGCUCGCAUGGUGCAUUCAGCAGAUUCUCUGUUGAAACUAGUUUCAGAGCUUAAGAGGACAGCUAUCUUUUCUGGGCUUGCUUCAUUAACUGAAAAUGUGGAUAGGCGGAUUGAGGUCCUUAGUCAGCAAGCUGAGGGAACAGAGAGGAUGCUGGAGAGAAUUGGACAGGAGGCAGCCGGAAGCCUCAAGGAGUUGGAGGCCCAUUACUACUCAUCUGUUGUGCGGACACCACCCUAUGAAUGAGGAGUAUCCCUUCUGAACAGGGUGGACUUGCAGUAGCGACAAUGACAUGUUCAGUGUAUCUUGUGUAAAAUCACAUUAAGUUAUUGAGUCAAGAACAAAGUUGCUAAUUUUUCCAA